CAAUGUAAGGGUCUUUGGAUGUUACGCCACGGCCAGCAGAGGGCACUGCGGUACGGCUGCUGACUGGUCACGUGACUCUUUUGUUUUCGUUCACUUCCCGCUUGGACACUGAGUUAGGUUUGAGCAUGUCUCUGAUUUGCCACAGGUGCCCAUGGUUUGAGUUAAUUAGGUUUGUUAGUUAAACCCCCCGUGUGACUGCGCACAUUGCGCAGUAUUAAAGUUGGUUUAGUUCGUCAAGGGAAGGAAGUGUAAGGAUAUGUGCUAAUGUGUAGCAAGCUAGCGGUCGUAGCUAGGGGACCAGAGUGUGUAUAGUCAGGAGAGACCGCGCUCCCUGUGUUUGUUUAUCUGUUUAUUUGUUUCUUGUUUAAGUAAUAAAGACUGUGACCUGCACCUGCAUCCGCUUCCAGUCUCGUUCCGUGACAGAAUACUGCGCCCAAAAUGUGGAAGCAGCAGGUCGCCACGAGCGCCGCCGAAGAGGCCAGGAUUUGGGCGCUCCUCCGUUCGUCCCUGGAGAUGAGCAAACAGCUCGAAGAGGAAAUGGCUCAGUGCAAAGCCGAGCUGCGCGCCGCGUCGUCCCUCGCGCCAUAUACCCCGUCCCCGCCGCCAAGGAGCGACGCCUUGCAACACAGCCAGCAAAGUAACCUGAGCAUCUGGGGCUUUCCACUGCAGGGGAGGUACACCUUGCUGCGCAGUCCAGAGGUGAAGGCUGGCCCAGAAAUUUUUUUGGGGGGGGGGGCAAUGAGGACAGCAGAGCUCCAGCCUGAGGCUUACGGGGAGGUCUCAGCUGUGGAGCUCUCACCUGAGGUCAACAUGGCGACCUCAGAGGGACAGGCUGAGGAGGCCGCCCCGCAUGGCCGAGGAGGCCUCCCCGCCGCCCCGCACGGCCGAGGAGGCCGCCACGCCCUCCAGUGCCGCCGAAGGUGGAGCCCAGAGUUCCAGAGCUGCCGGGGGUGGUGCCCAGCAUCCCAGGAGCGGUGUCCUGCGUCCCAGCGCCGCCAGGGGCGGUGCUCUGACUUUCUACCCCGGUGGGGAUGCUGCUCUACUCCUCUGCUGCCCGACGGAGGCUGCUUUGCUUUCUGUCGCAGCGAAAGACAGUUCGUACAGGGUUCCGGGACCCCCGUUGGAGGGGGGUUCUUGGUGCUCCGGGAGGAGCACCCUUUGGAGGGGGGUUCUGUUACGCCACGGCCAGCAGAGGGCACUGCGGUACGGCUGCUGAUUGGUCACGUGACUCUUUUGUUUUCGUUCACUUCCCGCUUGGACACUGAGUUAGGUUUGAGCAUGUCUUUGAUUUGGCACAGGUGCCCAUGGUUUGAGUUAAUCAGGUUUGUUAGUUACCCCCCCCCCCCCUAGUGGUCGUAGCUAGGGGACCAGAGUGUGUAUAGUCAGGAGAGACCGCGCUCCCUGUUUGUUUAUCUGUUUAUCUGUUUAUUUGUUUCUUGUUUAAGUAAUAGACUGUGACCUGCACCUGCAUCCGCCUCCAGUCUCGUUCCGUGACAUUGGAUAGCUCUCUGGAGGACUCCUUAAAGACUAUACAACUGUGCAGUAGAGGCAUCAAGUAAUUGAAAUGUCACCUCAAACUGGAGGACACAAUACACUGUGAUACAAUAACAAAACAGGCUAAUUUGUAUUUUCAUGCACUUGUAAUAUAAUAAAGGUUCUACAUAUACCUCUAUAUCCCUUUUAUUCUUUGAAAACAUUUUUUUGUAUAGGAAACCAGUUGAGGUGCUGAUGACAUUAAAUAAAAAUAUUAAAUGGCAAUGGCAAGAUUUAGUAGUGGUAUUUUUUGUUACAUUUAUGUUGCCAUUGGUUUGUGAAGGUUACAUUAUUAAUUAAACAGUUCAGUGUUGAGUUACAAUUGCAAGUUCAAAUCUUUUUUCAACUUUAUUAAUUUCUGGACUUGCCAUUAAGGACUCAGACUUGAGCCCGACUCGGCCCCUUUUGCACUCGUACUCGCACUACCAAUUAGUGCCUAACAUUGAAUCUGUGAGUACAGUAGUCCAUUGUAUAAAACACUGAAUACAUUUACUAAGUAUGUGCAAGGCACCUGAGAGGAGAUGUUACUAUUCUCACUUUCCUGAUAUAUAUUUCACAAAAGACUUUUGCCUGGAUAUUUGUAUACACUGAUCAGCCAUAACAUUAAAACCACUGACAGGUGACGUGAAUAACAUUUUAUUAUCUUGUUACAAUGGCACCUGUCAAGGGCAUGAAGAUUAGGCAUCAGGUGACCAGUCAGUUCUCAAAGUUGGUAUGUGAAUGCAGGAAAAAUGGGCAAGCAUCUCAGUGACUUUGACAAGGACUAAAUUGUGAUGGCUAGACGGUCAGAGCAUCUCCAAAACAGCAGUUCUUGUGGGGUGUUCCUGGAAUGCAGUGGUUAGUACCUACCAAAGGUGGUGCAAGGAAGGACAACUGGUGAACCAGCAUCAUGAUCAUGGGCACCCAAGGCUCAUAGAUGCGCAUGGGGCGUGAAGGCUAGUCCAGUCCAAUCCCACAGAAGAGCUACUGUAGUACACAUUGCUGAAAAUCUUAAUGCUGGCUAUGAGAGAGAGAACGCACAGUGAAACGCAGGUUGCUGUGUAUGGGGCUGCGUAGCCUCAGACCAGUCAGAGUGCCCAUGCUGACUUAUGUCUACCUCCUAAAGCGCCUACAGUGGGCAUGUGAGCAUCCAAAGUGAAACAUGGCGCAAUGAAAGAAGGUGGCCUGGUUUGAUGAAUAAUGUUUAUAUCAUCUGCACAGCCAGAUUUGAUUGUGUGUGUCACUUACCUGGGGAAAAUGGCAUCAGAAUGCACUAUGUGUAGAAGGAAAGCCAGUGGAGGCAGUGUAACGCUAUGGGCAAUGCUGGGAAACUUUGGGUCCUGGUAUUCAUGUGUUUGUUACUUUGACACAUAUCACCCACCUAAACAUUGUUGCAGACCAAGUGCACCCCUUCAUGCCAGCAGUAUUCCCUAAUGCCAGUGGCCUUUUAUAGCAGGAUAAUGCGCCCUGCCACACUGCAAACAUAGUUCAGCACAAGACAGACCUACACAAUAAAAGGCAGGUAGUUUUAAUGUUAUGACUGAUGGCUAGAAUAACACUACUCAAGCAUGGACUAAAGAAUCUAGCAACAUGAUGCUCUUGUAGUCUAUGGCCAACUUUUUAGAUGGUAGUCACCCAAUAUAAAAUCAUUGUAUUCUUUAGAUUCAGUCACAAGACAUCUGAAAGAGAGGAGUACAGUAUCUCCCUCCAGUCUAUUUAAACUGGUACAUUUACCAUGAAAACUUUGCAAUAAACUUGCCCAACAUACAAGGAGAGUAUCUUGUUCUUUCAUCACAUACAUGUGAUAAUGAAGCCAUCUUAACUGGACACUAAAUUUGAGCUUCUCUAAUAUUUCAGUUUGACUUUCUUUUAUGAGCAGUUAGAUUCAAUUUAUGCCAAACCCCAGUUAUGGAAAUAAAAUGAACUGCACUGUUGUGCCAAUUUAGAGACUGUUAAUGGUUACAUUGAAAUAAUGAUCAGAAAAAGCUAAUGUGGGA